CCUUGCGCGGCGGCCGCGGCACUCAGAGGCGCUCGCGCAGGCGGCGAAGGGCAAGGGCGGCCACGCCUCGCGGACGCCGAGCCGGGACGCGCGCUCCCCGCGUCCCCAGCUCGCCCGCGGGACCAUGAAGAAGUUCUCGCGGAUGCCCAAGUCCGAGGGCGGUGGCAGCGGCGCGGCGGGCGCUGGGGCCGGCGGGGCGGGGAUUGGCGGCGGCGGCGGCAGCUCGUCCUUCGGGGUCCGGGUGUUCGCGGUCGGCCGCUACCAGGUCACCCUGGAGGAGUCACUGGCAGAAGGUGGAUUCUCCACAGUUUUCCUCGUGAGAACUCAUGGUGGAAUCCGAUGUGCAUUGAAGCGAAUGUAUGUCAAUAACAUGCCAGACCUCAACAUUUGUAAAAGGGAAAUUACAAUUAUGAAAGAGCUAUCUGGUCACAAAAACAUCGUGGGUUAUUUAGACUGUGCUGUUAAUUCAAUUAGUGAUAAUGUAUGGGAAGUGCUUAUUUUAAUGGAAUAUUGUCGAGCUGGGCAGGUAGUGAAUCAGAUGAAUAAGAAGCUGCAGACAGGUUUUACAGAACCAGAAGUGCUACAAAUAUUCUGUGAUACCUGUGAAGCUGUUGCAAGGUUGCAUCAGUGUAAGACUCCAAUCAUUCACCGGGAUCUGAAGGUAGAAAAUAUUUUGUUAAAUGACAGUGGAAAUUAUGUACUUUGUGACUUUGGCAGUGCCACUAAUAAAUUUCUUAAUCCUCAAAAAGAUGGAGUUAAUGUAGUAGAAGAAGAAAUUAAAAAGUAUACAACUCUGUCAUACAGAGCUCCUGAAAUGAUCAACCUUUAUGGAGGGAAAGCCAUCACCACCAAAGCCGAUAUCUGGGCCCUAGGAUGUUUACUGUAUAAACUUUGUUUCUUCGCUCUUCCUUUUGGUGAGAGUCAAGUUGCUAUCUGUGAUGGCAGCUUCACUAUCCCGGACAAUUCUCGGUACUCCCAUAACAUACAUUGCCUAAUAAGAUUCAUGCUUGAACCAGACCCAGAGCAUAGACCUGAUAUAUUUCAAGUAUCCUAUUUUGCAUUUAAAUUUGCCAAAAGGGAUUGUCCAGUUUCCAACAUCAGUAAUUCUUUGAUUCCUUCAGCUCUGCCUGAACCAAUGACUGCUAGUGAAGCAGCUGCUAGGAAAAGCCAAAUGAAAGCCAGAAUAACAGAUACCAUUGGACCAACGGAAACCUCAAUUGCACCAAGACAAAGACCAAAGGCCAACUCUACUACUGGCACUCCUAGUAUGUUGACUAUUCAAAGUUCAGCAACACCUGUGAAAGUCCCUGAUCCUGGUGAAUUUGGUAACCACAGACCAAAAGGAGCCUUGAGACCUGGAAAUGGCCCUGAAAGUUUACUGGGCCAGGGGCCCCCGCCUCAGCAGCCGCUGCAGCAGCACAGAGUCCUCCAGCAACUCCAACAGGGAGACUGGAGAUUACAGCAGCUUCAUUCACAGCAUCACCAUCCUCACCAGCAGCAACAGCAGCACCAGUUACUUCAGGACGCUUACUUGCAGCAGUACCAGCAGGAAGUGCAGCAGCAACAGAUACUUCAGCAACAGUUUUUAAUGCAUUCAGUAUAUCAGCCGCAACUUCCUGCAUCACAGUAUCCUACAGUGAUGCAGCAGUAUCAGCAGGCUUUCUUGCAGCAGCAGAUGCUAGCUCAGCAUCAGCAGUCUCGACAACAGGCAUCACCUGAAUAUCUUACCUCCCCUCAAGAGUUCUCACCAGCCUUAGUUUCUUAUACUUCAUCACUUCCAGCUCAAGUUGGAACCAUAAUGGACUCCUCAUAUAAUGCCGAUAGGUCAGUGUCUGAGAAAGAAGCAGUUGCAAAUUUUACAAGUCAGAAGAACAUCAAUAACCCACCUGAUAUGUCAGGGUGGAAUCCUUUUGGAGAGGAUAAUUUCUCCAAGUUAACAGAAGAAGAAUUGUUGGACAGAGAAUUUGACCUUCUAAGAUCAAACAGGCUCGAGGAGAGAGCAUCCUCAGAUAAGAAUGUAGACCCACUUUCUGCUCCACAUACCCAUCUUCCAGAAGAUCUUUUUGGUUCUGUUCGUUUCAUUUGUCAUUCAGGUUCUUCUGAAAAGAAAGUUGAACAUUUAUCCACGAAUCAAGAAGAUAACAUUGCAUACCCUAUCAGGAAUGGUAAAGCAAGUCCAGUACCUAAAGAUCAGCGGACUGGAAAGAAAAUCUCAGAGAAUUCAUCAGUACAGGGUCAAGUGCAAAAGGGGAAUGAUGACUCUGAAAGUGAUUUUGAAUCAGACCCCCCUUCUCCAAAGAGCAGUGAAGAGGAAGAGCAAGAGGAUGAAGAAAUUCAGGGAGAACAAGGAGAUUUUAAUGAUGAUGAUACUGAACCGGAAAAUCUGGGUCACAGGCCUCUCCUCAUGGAUUCUGAAGAUGAAGAAGAAGAGGAGAAACAUAGCUCUGAUUCUGAGUAUGAGCAGGCUAAAACAAAGUACACUGACAUGAACCCUGUCUACAGAGAUAAACUUGGCAGUGGACCAACCCGAGACCCUAAUACAACAGCACUCCUCACUCCAACUCAUUUACCCACUGAUGCUGGGGUAGACACGCCCAAACAGGAGUUUGAUGUAUUUGGUGCUGUCCCCUUCUUUGCAGUUCACACUCAACAGUCCCAGCAAGGAGAGAAUGAAAAGAACCUCUGUCAACAGACAUUUCCUACCAUGGGACUAGAGCAAGAGGAGUUUGAUGUAUUCACAAAGGCACCCUUUAGCAAGAAGGUGAAUGUACAGGAUUGCCCUAUAGUGGGGCCUGAAGCACAUACUCUCCCUGGUUGUCCCAAAAGUGUAGAUAUAUUUGGCUUCACUCCCUUUCAGCCCUUUCCCACAUCUGCAAGUAAAAGUGAAAGCAAAGAGGACCUUUUUGGGCUUGUGCCCUUUGAGGAAAUAACUGGGAACCAGCAGCAAAAAGUCAAACAGCGCAGCUUACAGAAACUGUCCUCUCGCCAAAGGCGCACAAAGCAGGAUACGUCCAAAAAUAAUGGGAAGCGGCAUCAUGGCACGCCAACUAGCACAAAGAAGACUUUGAAGCCUACCUACCGCACUCCAGAGAGGGCUCGCAGGCACAAAAAAGUGGGCCGCCGAGACUCUCAAAGCAGCAAUGAAUUUUUAACCAUCUCAGACUCUAAGGAGAAUAUUAGUGUUGCACUAACUGAUGGGAAAGACAGAGGGAAUGUCCUGCAAUCUGAGGAGAGUCUGUUGGACCCCUUCGGUGCCAAGCCCUUCCAUCCUCCAGACCUGCCAUGGCACCAGUCACAUCAAGGCCUGAGUGACAUCUGUGCUGAUCACAAUACCGUCCUGCCUGGGCGGCCAAGACAGAACUCGCUACAUGGGUCAUUCCAUAGUGCAGAUGUGUUGAAAAUGGAUGACUUUGGUGCCGUGCCCUUUACAGAACUUGUGGUGCAAAGCAUCACGCCACAUCAGUCCCAACAGUCCCAACCAGUUGAAUUAGACCCAUUUGGUGCUGCUCCAUUUCCUUCUAAACAGUAGAAACAUCUGAUGGAUUUUUCACAUUAACUCCUGUUUCAAAAGAGUAUGAAUAGUUUUAUGAAUUUUAAAGAAAAUUUAUUUGUAUACUCUUUAUAUCAUUCAUUCUUACAAGUCCAGAUAGGUGAUUUUUUAAAAAACCAAAUAGAAAAGGGAAGUCUCCCUACAGGGUAGUAACUGGAUGCUUCUUCCAAGCAGGAGAAAAAGGAGCUGAAUUCUGAAUUGAAAGCUCCAAGGAUGGGUUUCUGCUGCUGACACUGGGACACAGAAAUGCAAAGGGACACUUGCAGUGAAAGCUCAAGGAGUCCAAAGGGACAGGAAAGCUGUAUCGUUUUUCUUGGUAUCAGAAUAUCACUUAUGUGCAUAUCCAGGCUCAUUCCAGAUCCAGCAUUUAAAACUAGGCUGAUUUGUACAUACAUAUGUUACAUUUGUGAGAUUUAGGGUCUCUUCUAAUUUUCACACAGUGAAAAGUAAUCUAACUUGUAAAGAACUAGGAAGAUACUAGUUGGACAUGAUAGAUGUCGAUUCAUACACCUUUCUCUAUAAAGCAGAGCCAGAAGUAACUAUUGUGCCUAAAACGCUGUUGCAUUUUAAAAACAAGUGCCAUUAAUAUGGAAUAUCUAAUGAUAAUUAUGUGAAAUAACAUAUAUGUUAAUUAGCUUAAUUUUGUCCUUCUGCAAUGUAUACAUAUUUUAAAAUAUGUUGUACAUGAUAUAUAGUUUUGUCAAUAAGAAAUUAACUUUUAAAAUAUGGAAUAUCUAAUAGCCUAGAACAAAAAUAUAAAGAGAAUUAUCUGGCAUUUGAAAAAUGUAAAAGAAAAAAGAUAUGUAAGAAUGGAAAAAUAGUCAAUGGUUUAGAAACAUUUUAUAUUAUUUUUAAGUGGCUUCUUGCCAAAACCUUUUAUUGUCAUGUCCCUAAUGAAGCAGAUUAUUGGGAAAAAAACCAAAAUAAAACCUAAGAGUGAGGAAAAAGGGUAUAUGGAAGUUUUCAGGAGAAAAUGGAGCUGAAACCCUGAAUUUUUAAAAUGUUUACAAUGUAAAAUCAUGUUGUUUUUAAUAAUGUACUUUAUUAAAUUACCACCUUCAUCAAAGGUUCCCCAAGUCAUGAGCAACAAUUAGCUUCCUUAGGUUUGGAGGGUGAAGUAGUUUUAAUAAAGUGCACAGAGCAGACCACCCACAAAGCCUUACAGGCAGGACUGCUUCCUGCUGUAAUACCUCUGCGCUGGCACCAGACCCGAAAAGGGAGUAAGGAAGGAGAGGGCGAGGGCCAGCGUCUUGAUUCUGCUAGCGGAUUGUCUUCAGUGAAAAGAACCCAGCUACUACAUGGCCUUUUUUUUUUUUUUAACACCUCAAAUCCUAAUUAGAAACUUGAGAUUUUAUAGAAAUUUAAUGAUAGUAAUUACAUACAUGGAUUAAUGUGAACACAGUAUCUAAGCUUCCUGUGUGUCUAUGUUAAAUUAUAAUUAACUGUCUUUUACUAUCAGCUUAACAUUUGGAAGUUUCUAGAACUGUUAAAGCUAUUUACAAAAAAGGGUGGAAACUUCAAUUCACACUCUCCUUGAUUGCUAUAUUUUAAAUUAAUAUUUGCACCCAAUUAAAGUAUUCUAUGAGUAAUCUUAGUAGAAUCUCUUAAUUGUAGUAUCCCAGUAGGAUAAGUUAUUUAUCUGUUUUUAGUUCUGAGCUUGGAAGGAGGCACAGUAUAUGUAACUAAACCACAUGUUCACUUUUGGUUGCUUUUUUUUCUUGCCUGCAUGCUAACUCAGAAAUUUGUGGGUAGGGAAGAAAUCUGUGAAUCACAAUGCAGCAGAGGGCGACCAAGCAGUACAUUACCACUCACAGUUGUGCUUUUAGAGCUGGUCUGUAGCAGUUGUCCUUGUGCCAAAGGCAAAUAUUACGUUUGCACCUUUUUUUCCUCCCUGAUUCUCAGGUUAAUACUGCUAAUGCAAAUGUUCAAGUAGAUAUUCUUUAAAAAUAGAUUCAAGUGACACUUUCUUUUACAAGUGAGUAAAUUCAUGAACUACAGCAGGUUUGUAUCAAACAAGUUUUUAAAAUGGAAACCUGUUGGUUAAUGUGUACACAAUAUGCUUCUUUGACUAUUAAGAUCCUUGGUCUCUGCUAGACCUCACAAGUUUGUCAUUUAGAAGGGUAGCAGAUGAACUAAUGUGGUCUCCUUCGGGUAUAAACCCAACAAAUACCUAGUUUUACUUGCUUUUCAGUACACUGAAUAAUUUUAAGUAACUCAGACACUGAUAAGUAUAGGACCCUUUGGCUUAUAGUGCUGGAUAAAUUCUGGGGAAACAACUCUGCCACAGUUUAAAAUAUUUACCUUCUUGUUUUUUAUAGUAUAUCCUGGUGAUUUUCCUCUUUUGAGAUUAUUGCUCAGAGGAAAGAUCUAGGAUUGUUCAAAUGGGAUAGAAAUGGUAAACUUCUUUUGUUCUGAGACAUUUCCCCAAAAAGUGGAGAUUUAUACUUUUCAUUUUCACUUACCACCUCCCCCACCAUGGUCAAAGUAUCACAGCUGAUGGCCUAGGUAAUUUCCUUAGGAGAAGUAAGCUCCCUAGACAUGUGACAGCAUUUAACAUAGUACCUGGCACACUGCACUGAGCAAAAUUUUGGCUCUAUUAUGAGACUGCUUUUUCCUAUUUGGGUGUGCCCUGUGCCUAAUGAUGCAUACUAGUCCUAACUCUAAACCUGCUAUACUUGAACAUCACUAAGGGAAGUAACAAGAAGCUAACAAUCUGAGGCCAAAGUUGUUUCCUAACAGCUUUAAUAGCUUGAUUUUGAAUCAUCUUUUAAAAAGUGGACCAUUUGCUUAACUAUUCUAAUAUCACCUCAAUAAAAUGUUAGUAUUAAAAAGAUCAGUGUUGUGCAUUGAGGACAUUAUGCAUUAAGACACAAAAAUUGUUGGUGUAUAUCAUAGGUGGAGGAAAGGUUGCAGGUUGGAUGAAAAUGUAACUGAUUAGCGUAUUUAUUCAGAAUUGCAACCCCAUCCCUGGUUAUGUGUCUGUGGGGCAUAGUUAUGACAUCAUCUGGACUUGCAGAUAAAUGUAUCUUUGGAUACAACCCUGUGUAUCAUCUGUUAGCAGUUGACAGACUGUUCUCGUGCUGGUGGAAGAGACUAAGGUGGAGCCCACUCUUCUAUGCUGGUGUUAUCAGGCACUGCAAUUCUCUUACUAUGCUAGUCUGCUGGUUUUUUGUUUUUAGGUUUUGGUACUUCACAUAAGCAAUGUUAGAAGGUACAAGUGUAUUAAUAUCACUAGUUCCUAAGAGUUUGGGUACAUUUAUCUUAAUAUAUGUAGAAUGUAACUUUUUUUCCUUUUGGCAAAACUACUCUUACCCUUUUAGGUCCAACUAUUGACAGUCUACUGUGAGAAUGAGAUGACAUAUCUACUGUGAGAAUAACAUAAAUGAUAGUUUAUUUGAAAACUUUUAUACUCAGUGGUGUUUUAUAUAUUAAGAUUAAAAAUAUAUAUACACACACGCACAUCACAUCGCUCUACUGUGGAGUUAAUGUGAAUUUUAAGAAAAUGGAAUUGCAACUACAAUCGUAUCUAAAAGAACAUUCACUCAUAGGGUUUACAAAAGCCACUAAAAGAAGAAAGUAGAUGGUGGAAAAAUGCAGUCAUCAUUUUGGUGUUAUUUUUGUUUUAAAAUUUUUAGUGCUACUUUUGAAAGAGAAUUGUUUUACUGUUCUCUUUUUGUGAUUGAAAAGUCAUCUAAUAGUAAGCAAUAUAGAAGCUACUUUUUAAUUGCUGGCAAACAGCUUUAAGUGCACUUUCUUUGAUUAUACUUCCAUUUUUUUGUUAAACUUGAAUUUCUGAAGCCUUUUAUGUACCACUAAGCAAAUAAUUUUACUUUUAAAUCAGAUUUACAUUUUUAUUAUAUUUCUAAUUGUUGUAAAAUGUACUUUCUAAAGUAUCUUCAGUCUUAAAAUAUAGCUGGGAAACUGUUAUGAGAUAGAAGCAGUUGCUUUUCCCCAAAUCUAAUUAAGCACUAAUUUUAUUACUUUGUCUUUACAUUGCUUAUUCUUCAAUUCUGUCCCUGAUUCACUUUGUUUUGUUUGAAAUUUAAAGUUAUUUUCUUACGGUAUUUAUCAUACUUGUUUUAAUAAUCUGCUUUCUUUAAAUGCAAUAAAUCCCCAAUGGAUUGCCUAUUCUUUAUAA